CCGGCACCAUGAAGAAGUUCUUUACCUCCUCGAGGAAGGAGGGCGAGGGCAAGUCGCCCUCCAAGGGCAGCCUGUGGAAGGCUGUGGUGGCCCACAGGGGCGAGAUUCCUGAGAAGGCCUACACGGAGACCUGCUACAACAUCAAUACGAAAGAGCUAAGCAACCUCCACCACGCUGCUUGCUUUGAGGAGGCAUGUACAGUUGAGACCGUCCUGAGGAGAGAUCCAACAUGGUUGAACAGCAGAGAUGAGAAGCGCAGGACUGCUCUACAUUUUGCCUGUGCCAUGGGCCGGGCAGAAGUGGUGAGACUCCUCAUCAAGAGAAAGUGCAAACUUAACUUGUCUGACAACAAAAACAGGACAGCUCUGAUGAAGGCCGUCCAGUGCCAGGAGGAGGAGUGUGUAACCGUACUGCUGGAGGCUCUGGCUAAGGUAGAUCUUCAGGAUACCUAUGGCAACACUGCUCUUCACUAUGCUGUUUCUCACCAGAAUGUAUCAAUAGCAAAACAACUGCUCUCACGUGGUGCAUCUAUUGACCGCCGAAACAAGAGUCACCUCACACCACUUUUACUUGCUGUAAGUCGAAAAGAAGAGGAAAUGGUGAAGUUUUUACUAGCAUUUGGAGCAAACAUAAAUGCAGUUGAUAAGUGGAAAAGAAAUGCUUUCAUGCUGGCAGAAGAAUCUCAGUCAUCAUGUAUACUCAGUCUUCUUCAGGACCAUGUUGAUAGGAUGGCCUUAGGAUGGAAUCCAGACGACACUUUUGCUAGUGGUUUUAAUAGAAAUAGAAUUCCCCAACAAAUUUCAGAAGAUAAAGAAGAAAAGAUUCUGGAAAAUCCUUCUGAAAUUAGCAAUCCAGCAGUGGAUGAGAUUGCUGGAGACCCCGUGUUCAGAAAUAGAAUUCCCCAACAAAUUUCAGAAGAUAAAGAAGAAAAGAUUCUGGAAAAUCCUUCUGAAAUUAGCAAUCCAGCAGUGGAUGAGAUUGCUGGAGACCCCGUGUUCAGAAAUAGAAUUCCCCAACAAAUUUCAGAAGAUAAAGAAGAAAAGAUUCUGGAAAAUCCUUCUGAAAUUAGCAAUCCAGCAGUGGAUGAGAUUGCUGGAGACCCCGUGUUCAGAAAUAGAAUUCCCCAACAAAUUUCAGAAGAUAAAGAAGAAAAGAUUCUGGAAAAUCCUUCUGAAAUUAGCAAUCCAGCAGUGGAUGAGAUUGCUGGAGACCCCGUGUUCAGAAAUAGAAUUCCCCAACAAAUUUCAGAAGAUAAAGAAGAAAAGAUUCUGGAAAAUCCUUCUGAAAUUAGCAAUCCAGCAGUGGAUGAGAUUGCUGGAGACCCCGUGUUCAGGAUUUCCAUCAAACCGGAUAUUUAUGGAAAACCAGAUACUGACUCAUUUUCUGAACACCUCGAUGUUGAUACCAAGAAUGUUCUGCCACCAGGGGUAAUAAAGCAAAUGACUGCUUAUCGGCAACACAUGAAAAUUGUACAAGCCAAAUUUACUGUGAGAACAGAAGAUGGAACAAUGUUUGAAGACAGCAUUUUUAAUCAUCCACAUGUGGUUCCAAGCCUUCCCACACCAUCAGUCGAAGUGCAGGGCUUUCAUGAUCCGUUCCUGCAACCACCUGGCCCUGGUCUGAAAGCUUCCUUCAAGUCUUCAACUAAGCCAGGUGGUACAGAGGAGGAGACAACAAAGCCAGCAGGUUUCAGAGAGGAAAAUGGUAUGAGUAUUACUGAAAAUGCUCCAUGAGAGCAAAAAAAUA